UUGGCACUUCAUCUUCACCAGCUUUCGGUGGUAGUUCAUUGCCUGCAUUUGGCGCAUCUUCAACUCCUGCUUUUGGUAGUUCAACGCCUGCAUUCAGGGCAUCUUCAACUCCGGUUUUGGGUAAUUUAUCAUCAUCAUUAGGUGGUAGGUUUUCUAUUGGAAAUUUUGAUAUUUUCCCAUUUUAUUAAUUGUCUUGCUCUUGGCAAACUGUCUUCAUGGAAGCCUUUGAAACCAGUUUAUUGGUAGUGCCAGGUGAUUUGUGAGAAGCACAAUAGUUUAUCAUAUUUUUUAGUACUUAGCUAAUGCUUUUAGGAAGAUUUUGUUUUUAUGAAGGAUUUGCAAACAAAUUGUCUAGCUUUGGUUACUUUGAAUUUACUAUUAUUGUAUUUUAUUUCUUCUUUAAUGAAGUUUUCAUGUGAAUUAAUGGGUGUGUGUAUGUGUGCUAAAUCCUGUUUAUCGAUUUGUUCCGCCUUUCCCCCACCUCCACAGUCCACCUUGUAAAUUGUUUUCACGUACAUGUAAGUAUAUCGAUAUCAUGGGGAACAACAAGAACACUAUGAAGGAAUGUGAUUUCUUUCAGCUAUAUCUACAAUCCUUUUUAAAGACCUAAAGAUUACAUAACGACUAAGAUAUGUGUUAGCUAGUUUAUGUCAUCUUUCUUUUGUUAAUAUCUAAUAAUGGUAAUCAUUAGCAUCUUUUGGCUUAGUUUUCUCCCUUUUUUAUUGUUAUUAUUAUAUUUUGCGUUUUCUAAUUCUAUUUGAAAACCGACUCUCUUCCUUCCCAGGAUCAUCAUCCUUUUGCCAGGAGCCUUCUUUUGGAGGUUUUGGCUCGAUGCCUACUCAGAUAAGUCCUUUUGGAUGUGCCAUACAACCAUCACAACCAGUAUUUGGAAGCAACAUAUUUGGUUUAACAGGCACCCCUGCUUUUGGUGCUACGAGCACUCCAACAUCUUGGUGCUACCAGUGCUCCCCGCAAUUUGUGCAAGCAGCACCCCUGUUUUUUUUUUGUGUUUAACCUGCCCACCUAUUUUGUUUAGGGUUUUAUACACAUAUAUUAAGGGACCAUAUAGAUAGACUUAAUUAGAGUGUAUAAUUGGAAGAAAACAAAUAUCAUGUUCAUUAAAAACUGAAAACGACAUUCAUUUUGAAACAAUUUUUUUGGCGUAAAUGGCACUCAAUGAAAAUGGAGGGAGUAUUAUUUAGCAUUAUGUGUGAGCUUGAUCAUAAAAUGUGAUUCUCAUGUUUGAACAGAUAAUUUAUUGGACAAUAGUUGUCUGUUAUUAUUUAGUACUGUUUGUUGUUAUUAUAAUAGUGAAGAAACUUUGUUUGCUGAUUACUUCAAUAAACUUUAUUAAUUAAUAUAUGGAAUUUUUUUGACAGCUUUUGGUCAGCCGCCUAAACCAUCUGGUAGUCCAACUCUAUUUGGAUUGGAAACAUGCAAUUCCAUGUCUAGGGGUACUUCCACAGGUGUAUUUGGCGAAGCUCAAACACCGUCUCCCUUCUCUUCCAAUACUAAUUUUGGCACUUCGUCUUCAACUCCAGCUUUUGGUAAGUCAUCGAGCCCGUCUAGCUUCUCUCAGUCAGUGUUUGGGCUGCAAAACAAUUCAAGUAACAAUCCUUUUGCUCCUAAGCCUUCUGGUAGUCCAACUCUAUUUGGAUUGGAAACAUGCAAUUCCAUGUCUAGGGGUACUUCCACAGGUGUAUUUGGCGAAGCUCAAACACCGUCUCCCUUCUCUUCCAAUACUAAUUUUGGCACUUCGUCUUCAACUCCAGCUUUUGGUAAGUCGUCGAGCCCGUCUAGCUCCUCUCAGUCAGUGUUUGGGAUGCAAAACAAUUCAGGUAACAAUCUUUUUGCUCCUAAGCCAUCCGGUAGUCCAACCCUAUUUGGAUUGGAAACAUGCACUUCCAUGUCUAGGGGUACCUCAACAGGUGUAUUUGGCGCAGCUCAAACACCGUCUCCCUUCUCUUCCAAUACUAAUUUUGGCACUUCCUCUUCAACUCCUGCUUUUGGUAAGCCGUUGAACCCGUCUAGCUCCUCUCACUCAGUGUUUGGGCUGCAAAACAAUUCAAGUAACAAUUUUUUUGCUCCUAAGCCAUCUGGUUGUCCAACUCUAUUUGGAUCGGAAACAGGUAAUUCCAUGUCUGGGGUUACUUCGAAAGGUGUAUUUGGUGCUGGUCAAACACUGUGUCCCGUCUCUUCCGAUACUAAUUUUGGCGCUUCGUCUUCAACUCCAGCCUUUGAUUUUGGUCAGUUGUCGAGCCCGUCUAGCUCCUCUCGGUCAAUGUUUGGGCAGCAAAACACUUCAAGUAACAAUUUUUUUGCUCCUAAAUCAUUUGGCAGUCCAACUCCAUUUGUAUCGGAAACGGGUAAUUCCAUGUCUAGGGGUACCGCCACGGGUGUAUUUGGCACAGCUCAAACACCGUCUCCCUUCUCUUCCAAUACUAAUUUCGGCGCUUCGUCUUCAACUUCGGCUUUUGGUAAUAAAUCUUCGUCAUCUCGCGGAUCAUCACUCUUUGGUCAGGAGCCUGCUUUUGUAGGUUUUGGCUCUACUCCUACUCAAACAAGUCCAUGUAGAAGUGCCAUCCAACCAUCACGACCAGCAUUUGGAAGUAACGCUGGUCAUGCUUCACUGUAUGGUUCUUUGAGUAUACAUGAUCAACAUAGGGACAUGCGGAUGGACAUAAGCGGCAUGAGCUACGAGGAACUACUUGCACUUGGAGAGAGGAUCGGCUAUGUGAAUACAGGAUUAUCUGAGAGUUUGAUUUCUAAGUAUUUGACAAAAACACUGUACUGUUCAGCUGAGCAAAGUCAAGAAGGAACUUGUGCAAUUUGUCUGGAAGAAUACAAGAACAUGGACAGUAUUGGGACAUUGGAAACUUGUGGACAUGACUACCAUGUGAGCUGCAUUAGAAAGUGGUUAUCUAUGAAGAACUUGUGUCCCAUAUGCAAAGUUUCUGCUUUGCCUGAUGAGUGAUAACAUGAUGGAUAAGUAAUUUGUUCAUUCUACUUUAGUUUAGAGAAUUGUAUAUAUAGGUUAACAAAAAUGGGUGUAUUUGGUAUAUAGUGUGACUUAAUACAUUUAUUUUUAUUGAUCUAUAUUUUCUUUUAAAAAGAAACAGUAUUAGAGUUGUGGAACUAGGGUUUUCUUUAUUUAUCAAAACUAGACCAUCCACCCGUGUUGUC